CAGAAAGGACGUUUUCUCGCGAGACGCAUGGUUCAUUCUACGGUACGCCAUUUGUGUCUAGCAGCAAAAAGCGCGGACAGCGAAAACAGUCGCUAAACAAGGGGAGUUGGAUCUAGCUUUGGUGACAGCAGUAAACUCUUUGUUAUGGAUAAAACCACUAUAUCACAAAAGAAGACCGUUAAGAGAAAAGUGCCUGAAAGUGAAACUAGUGGUAAGGUGCAGCCAGAUGACGUGGAAAUGGAGGAAGAUAUAAGAGACUCACUCAGCAGGACUGAGAACCUUGAAGAAACAGAUGAAAAACAUCCGGAAGCUGCACCCGAAAUUAAGGAUACCCUCUGCGCUGUCUGUGGAUUCUCAGCCAAAGGCUCACGAUCACUAAAGAUUCAUUAUGCAAAGAAGCAUGGAAAGAACUCAAAGAACAAAGGUAAAACUCCUGAACAUAUUGCUGAUGUGAGCCCAGCUGAAAUCCAGCAGGAUGUGGACAUGGGGGAGUUAGAACUAUCAGCCAGUGACAAUAGCGGUAACAUAAAGUUGGAUCAAGAGGAUUGUGCUCAAGAGAGGAGAGUAAGCAAACGAACUCCAAAACCCAAGAUGAUUUUUUCCUGCAACUACUGUGGCCAAGAAUUUAGGGACAAAGCUCCACUAGAUGUUCAUGUCCAGAGACACCACGCCAAAGACACUCCAUACUCAUAUGAUGCAGACGACAACAUGGAUUAUGAAGAGGAAACAGUGAAACCUGAUGUCACUCCUGUAAAAACCAAUACUCCAAUGCAGGUGGUGCCGAAACAUUUAGUCAACAGGUUCCAACUGAAGUGUGCACACUGUGAUUUUAGGGUUAGCACUGCUUCUCUGCUGGAGAGCCACACACGAGUCAAACACCUAGACCAGAACUGGUACCGCUGCAAAUUGUGUAACUUUUUUUCAGCCACAUCUGAAUGGAUGGACAAUCAUCUGUCCUCAGACAACCACAAGCAGAAGCAGAAAGGGAGGGAGGCUGCAGAAUCUCCACACGAGGUCUAUGUCGAAUGCGUAAGCCAUACCAGUGGAGGAGAUGCAACUCCAACAACUGAUAGAGCUGCUGCUGAUGAAGAAGGAGACACUUUGACUGAAGGGGAACAGGAAACUGAAGGGGUGACCGAGGCUGUUGAUGCGUUUUCUGAGGAGGAGGAUUUAGAUCUUGAACCUCCCAAAAAGAAAAGAGGAAGACCAAAGCAAGGAUCUACAACCACCUGCGGUUACUGUGGCCUGGUGGUGUCUAAUGCUACCAACCUUAGUGUUCAUGUGCGUCGUAAACACAGCAAGGAGUAUGGCUACAGCUGCACCCUAUGCAACUAUAGCUGUGUCACUAAAGGUGACAUGGAUCGCCACUGUAUCACAAAGAAACAUGUUAGGCGCACACAGGAGUGUGUAAAUAAGGAUACAGUUAACAAUCAGCAGGAACCCACAAUUACGCAAACCCAAGAACCAAAUGGAGCCUCGGAGACCACGGACAAAGAGCAGGGGUCGAACGACAUGGCCUCUGAUGAACAUAGCAAGGAGGAGCAAACAAGCCAAAGAAAGCCUGACACAGUCAAUUCUUGCAGCCACUGUGAUUUUGUGGCUCUGUCAAUUCCUUCCCUCCAUCUUCACAUCAGGAGAAGGCACACCAAAGAAUUUGAGUAUGUCUGCCUUGCAUGUAGCUACUAUGCUGUGACCAGCAGGGAAAUGUCUCGCCAUGCCAGCACAGAAAAACACAAACAGAAAAGCCAGAAAUACCUGGAACAACCAGGGAGCGAAGGGCAAAGCGCUUUGAAAAUGAAGGAGGUCAUUGAGCUGGCCAGGGCAAGCGUUGAUGCUGAUGGUGAUCCCCCUAGCCCUGCAGAGGAGUCUGAAGCUUGUCCUAAUGACAUUCAAACUGUGGAAUGUCAGAUUACAGCUGUCGGCACAGACCUGGAGGCCGGUGUGUCUGGCAGUGCCGAUGAGAAGCACAGUGAGAGUGUUACUUCCACUGGUGCCAGUCAGCCUGUGACUGAUCCACAGCAGACGCCAGCAGAUCUUCAGCCACCUCCACAAGAGCUCCGAGAGGAAGAGGAUAAACAAGGAGAUGAGGAAAUAAAUGCUGAUGGGAUGAAUGUAAAUGCAAAAAGUGGCCUCUCUCAAACAGACACUCACUUGUCCAAAGCUCCUCCCUUUGAUGCCUGCAUUGUAUCCAUGAAGGUCCUCGCUGAGCAAGAGCUGCAGGAGAGCCUGGCUCUAGAAGGCGAGGCUGCAGUGAUUUGUCUGACUGGAGGCUCCCCAACGCCCAUUGACCCCCUGCCUUCCAGUUCUGCAUAUGUGAAGAAGGUCAAACCCAAGGAGGGGAGGGCGAGAGACGAAGCUAAAGGCAACAGUUCCCGCAUACGCUGCGAGGACUGCGGCUUCAUGGCCGACGGCCUCAGCGGCCUCAGCGUCCACGUCUCCAUGAAGCACCCUUCCAAGGAGAAGCACUUCCACUGCUUGGUGUGCGGCAAGUCGUUCUUCUCGGAGAGCAACCUGCACCAGCACCUGAACAGCGCCGCCCACCACCGCAACGAGCAGAACAGCGUGGAGGAGCUGCCCGAAGGGGGGGCCAGCUUCAAGUGCGUGAAGUGCACCGACCGCUUUGAGACGGAGCAGGACCUGUUCGUCCACAUCAAGGAGAAGCAUGAGGAGCUCCUGAGGGAGGUCAACAAGUACGUGCUGGAGGACACGGAGCAGAUCAACCGCGAGCGGGAGGAGAACCAGGGCAGCGUGUGCAAAUACUGUGGCAAGGUGUGCAAGAGCAGCAACUCCAUGGCCUUCCUGGCACACAUCCGCACACAUACUGGAUCUAAGCCCUUCAGGUGUAAGAUCUGCAACUUUGCCACUGCUCAGCUGGGAGACGCGAGGAACCACGUGAAGAGGCACCUCGGCAUGAGGGAGUACAAAUGCGACAUCUGCGGCUGGGCCUUUGUGAUGAAGAAACACCUCAGCACCCACCUGCUCGGCAAACACGGGGUCGGACAGCGCAAGGAAAGGAAGUUCGAAUGCAAGUUGUGCGACCGCUCCUUCAGUGAAAAAUGGGCCCUGAACAACCACAUGAAACUGCACAGUGGGGAGAAACCAUAUAAGUGCGCCUGGCCGUCCUGCCACUACGCCUUCCUCAACCUGUCAGCCAUGAAGGACCACUACAGGACACAUACCGGAGAGAAGUCGUACCUGUGUGAUCUGUGUGGUUUUGCUGGAGGCACCAGACACGCCCUCACCAAGCACCGGCGCCAACACACAGGAGAGCGGCCGUUCAAAUGCAAGCUCUGCAACUUCGCCUCCACCACCCAGUCCCACCUAUCACGCCACAAACGCGUGCACACCGGAGAGAAACCCUACCGCUGCCCCUGGUGCGACUACAGAUCCAACUGUGCCGAGAACAUCCGGAAGCACAUCCUGCACACGGGGAAACACGAGGGUGUGAAGAUGUACAACUGUCCAAAGUGCAGCCACGCCACCAACUCUCCCAUGGAGUUCCGCAACCACCUGAAGGAGCACCACCCUGACAUUGAGAACCCAGACCUCGCCUACCUGCAUGCAGGCAUCGUGUCCAAGUCCUUCGAGUGCCGUCUGAAGGGCCAGGGGGCCACUUUUGUGGAGGCCGAGUCCGUCGGCUCUCCCGUGAAGGGCUCGUCGGAGGGAUCCGGGCCGGAGGAGCAGGUCCAGCAGGUCAUCAUCAUCCAGGGCUACGGCGACGGCGACGUCUCCAUCGACCAGGCCCUGGAGGAGUCGGCCGCUGCCACGCUGCAGACGCUGGCCAUGGCCGGACAGGUGGCCGAGGUGCUGCACAUCACCGAGGACGGGCAGGUCAUCGCCUCGGGCCGAGAAGUGGCGUCGGCCGGGGCCCACCUAGCUGGAGGCGGCACCCAGUACGUGGUGCUGGAGUCGGGGGAGGCCCGGGAGGAGCUGCGGGCCGCGGCCGAAGGGGGGGUGGCGGUCGCGGCCGCCGGACACGGCCACGUUGUCAGUGAGUCGUCCACGGCCCUGGACGCCCUGCUCAGCGCCGUCAGCGAAAUGGGCCACCAGGAGGACGCGCGGGGGGAGACGGCCGCGGCCCACGAGGUCCCGGGCGCCGAGAGCGGCGAGGCCGAGUCCAGCCGAGCGCGGGCGGACGCAGGGCGGGAGCCGCGCGGGGUCCCGGGAGCAGCCCGGGAGGACAUGCAGGAGGUGCUGCAGCUGGCGGCGUCUCAGAUGAUGAAGGAGGGUCUGACCCAGGUCAUCGUCAACGACGAGGGCACCCACUACAUAGUGACGGAGCUCGACAACUGCACGCUGCAGGUGGAGGAGGGCGUGUACGGAGGUGCGGGCGACGGGGAGGUGCAGCAGGUGGAGCAUCAGGCCGGAGAGGAGAUGGUGGUGUAUCUGGACGGAGCCCCUCAUAACAUCGUGCUGGAGGGCUAGACAGAGAGGAGCUCACACACGAGUACAUUUGUCUUCUCGUUCUUUAGAAUUGUGGUAAAUCCUGCUUAGGUUCAAUCUUUGCCAGUUCUUCCUCCUCCCACAUUUUUUAUUUCACCCUACUAGAUUAUUUUUCCAUGACUGUCGUCCCGUCUUCUCUUGGGCUUUACUAAACUCAGGUUAAACAUUGUGUAUUCACUGGCCGAGGGACUUUGGUGCUGAGUGGGUUUGCAUCUCAACCAAUCACAAUGACUCUAUAUUAACUACUUGACAGGUAGUAUGGGAGUAAACUGUUUCCUUCCUUCUAUUUUUGUACAAAUACAUCUUAUAUGGUGAAAACAAUGAGGAAAUACAGUUUUUGUUUUCUUCUCUAAAAGUGUGAUUUAUUUCAUUUCUUUUGUUCUUUGUAGUUAUUAGUAUGAAUCAGUAAUUUCAUUGAUUAAAAACAAUUCAACAAAGAAUCAAAACAGAAUUUAUUGUGCUUUUCAUCACCUCUGUGCUUCUGGAGAACCACUAAAAACAUUUACGCAGGUUUGUUUGUGACAAUAAAGACUAAGCUGAAUUUAUACCAA